CCUUCACCCACAAGGCUAUAAGAUUUCCAAGCGGCGCAUACCUUCUCCUUCUGGACGAUCUGAGCUCAAAGGUUCCAAGCUUUGUCACUUGAUCUCAAUCAAUGGGCUUCGACUCUUUCUUUAUAGCUACCAGUGCCCUACUGUCUAGUUGCCCUGCGCCUCCGGUCCUUGCCUUGUCCACCCGAACGCAAAGAUGUCUCGAUCACAAGGCAAGCGGGGUCGCUUUAUCGGUGCGAAUGGUUUUGCAUCCGGCGCCUCUACCUUCGGAGGCUUCUCCUCUUCUUCUGGUGGUAGCGGGUUGUCCUAUUUGACCGAGCCCCCCGACUUCUCGACCAUCUCCGAUGCCAACGUCGGCGUUUCAUUCAAAAACUUGCUCAAGAAAGAUGCCACCACCAAGACAAAAGCCCUGGAGGACCUCGUGGCCUACGUGCAGACACACCCUCACGAGCAGGGCGGCGGCGCUGAAGACGCUAUACUGGAUGUGUGGGUACAAUUAUAUCCGCGUAUUUCAAUAGACAACGCGCGCCGUGUUCGCGAACUCUCCCACACCUUACAGUUCGAAUUGAUGCGCUCGGCCCGAAAGCGCAUGGAGAAGAGGGUGCCCAAGGUAGUCGGGGCCUGGUUGGCUGGGCUGUACGACAGGGAUCGCGCCGUUUCGAGGGCUGCAAACGACGGCUUAUCCUCGUUCCUCAAUACGCACGACAAGGUCGUCCAGUUCUGGAAGAAGUGCCAGUCGCAGAUCCUGACGUACGCCACCGAUGCCAUGCAGGAAACCAAGGACACGCUGAGCGACGAGAGAUCCACCACGGCCGACGACGCCGACGCCAAAUACUUCCGUGUCGUGGGAGGGAGUCUGUCUCUGGCCCUGGGUCUUUUGCAAAAGUUAGAGCAGUCCGACCUCGAUAGCGAAGCCGACGCCUACGACGCUUUCUUCUCGGAGGACAAAGUCUGGAAGUCCGCCACUUUUGCCGACCCAAACGUCAGAAAAGCGUCCUGUCAGCUCCUGUGGAUUUGUAUCGACAGGCGCCCCGAAUCUGUUGCUUCUCAGCUCUCCCGGAUAAAGAAGAUCUUCAUCUCAGAGGGUCUGAAGUGCAGCCAGGUUGGCUCCGCCACCGAGUACAUCCGCGUGUUGACCCGACUUACCAACAAGCACUCCGAGAUUUGGUCCUCGUCGGGGGAGAAGAAACCGCCAGUAUCCCGGCUCUGCGGCUUCCUCCGAAAAGGUUCACAGGCUGGUUCGGCCAAGUUCUGGGAGUACCUCGAGCACCUAUUGCUUUCCAUACCUCGCGACAACAUACCCGACGGUGGCCCUUCAGAGAUAAUGGAGUCGUUCCGGACCGGUAUCACGAACCGCGAAGAACCGCGCAUGAACGCACCCAUUGCAUGGGCUAGUUAUAUCCGAACAGCUAAACAUCUCAUGGGCACCCUCGCGGCCGGUGACUGUCGUACCACGUUUGUCCGGGACCACGUGUCCCCCCUCACGGCGCAUUACCUGCAUCCUACCCCGGAGACUAUCCGGUGGGAUAUUGGAGGAGCGGGCAAGCUUGCUGUACUGGUGGAGGUUUUCAAUGCCUGUACGGACAAGCAUCUGGAUGAUGUGUCUAACGCGACAGUGGAGGAGUGGAAGAACCUGUCUUCUGCUUUUUGUACGAGGGUAUCUAGUUCUGCCCCAGGCGAGCCGAAGGACUACGCGAAACUACAGGAGGACCUCUCGGAAGAAGGCUCUCGGUGGUUUACUCUGGUCGGUCAAAUUCACACCAAAAGCCUGGCGGCGCACCAGAAGACCUCUGCUGUACUUGAAAGUCCUUGCCGAGACAUCAUUCUUACUUCAAUACGCCUUCUUGCUGCACGCAAUCUGGAGCCUUUUGGUGCGGCAGGGGUGUUGUGCAGUGUUGGAAAAGGCGCCCCGCACAUCUGGGAAGACGAAGCUACGGCGGCCGAACUGGAGACCUUUCUUCUGGAACAGGGGCGAGAGCGGAUGGACGUCGUCAUACCCUCACGCGCAGCAACUAGCCUCUUCGGCUGCCUGGCUGCUCUUGGGACUCUCCCAAGCCGUCGUGAGACGUAUAAGAAGAUAUGGAACGCCUGGCUAAGCUCAUUACUUCCUCGUCAUGAUCAAGCAGCCGCCCUUGAUGGCAUCAGAAGCUUGGUCUCGCAUCCGUCUGCCAGCGAGCUAGCUGCCCAGAACGACGAGUUGCAAAACUUGAUUGGGACAAAAGUGGAACAGUCCAUCCGAGGCACAGCUGAGGCAUGGGCACUUCUUGAGACUGCUCUCUCUAAUGAUGCUCUUUCCGACUCGGUGGCCAAGCGGAUCGCCGAGGAGGCACUGUCUGCACUCGCCCAGGACACCCAGAAAGCGUCCAACGCGUUGCGAGUGCUAGAGAUACUAACGAACAAUAAACCCGAAAUACUGUCGCAGGACGAUACUGUCCACGUGGCUCUGAUCACUGCGCUUCUGAGCCUCACCGAACUGAGCGGAACCGAUCUCUCGUCCCGAGCCCAGUCACUUCGCGCUAUCCUAGACGACCGAGCUGACGGCAAGCAGACUGCUGUCGCAAUUAUCCAGAAGAACUUGGGAGACGCGUCGACGCACUCCUUGGGAAUUGAUACCCUCUCUCAGCAGGCUCUGCAGGCCCUCGCAGCAGGCGCGGCAUCGGCCCAGGACUUGUUCCCCAACACGAACAUCUGGAUGGAGCAACUGCAGCUCUUCCUACACAGCGACAUCAACCCAUCCUUAAGUAUCACAAGUAACGUGGGAGGUGCGCAGGCCCUUGUGCCACCGGAAGAAGGGGAUGCACCGUCUCGGUUUAGGAGGGACCGCGACGGCCGUUCGAUCCCUGCUAGGAUGGCAAUGUACGCUUCCAAGCUGCUGUCGUCUGGUAUCGAUACACAGUCGCUUCCUCGGCCUCUCUUGAUUGAGGUGCUCUUCCUGCUUUGCGUUUCUGUCCACUUGGCUUCCGACCAGAUCGCACUUAUGGAGGAGAACAAGCUCUGGGGCAGUUUGAACCACAAGAAUUCUCUCACUGAGGCAUCAGAUUUCGUUUCCGAAACGCGAGCAUCCAUCGAGACCCUUGUAGCAACGGCAGUAGGAUGGAGAGACGGCUCCGACACUGGAUCGAGUGGACUCAUCGAGGAUCUCAUCUCCCUCAUGAUGAAACAGACCCAGACGCUGACUCCCAUGGGACUGUACAGCUCAAGGGCACUUGGCGAAUUAAUCGAGUCCCUGACGGAGAAGCACGGUGCGCCGUUGGCGAUAGACGAGAAGCUCUCCGAGUUGGACACCAUGAAGGCCUCUCCUUCAACGAUCCUCGGAGCUGUAGCUCUGGUCUCCGGCUUUGGAGCAACGCUCAGGUCCUCCAAACUCGUCAAUACCCUCGCCAACCGCCUGGUCAGCGACAUUGCGGGCCUCGGCGCGCAGGCAGACAAGACUCUUCCGACCUUGGUUCUUCUCAAUAGGUGCGCCGGGAUUUACGAGACGGGUGAAUUACCCGUUGCCAACAAUCGACUCGUCUUUGCGGUCAGACAGAUCACUUCCUGGCUCGAAGAUCCUAUCGGAUUAUCACCUGCCUUGUCCGCGGAGAUCUGCCGUGCGCUGCAGAAGAUUCUCCCCUGUAUAAAAGGAGUAUAUGGCCCUCACUGGGAGCGCACUCUCGAGUUCUGCACAACUCUUUGGACAGAUGCGUCCGACGACGAAACGGAUGAUGCCAUCCCGUAUAUUCAUGCAUCUUUGAAGCUGUUCACUACUCUAGAAUCACUGGCGGAUCCGAAUGAUGACCUUGAAGACGCCCUUAAGGAAGUGGCGGAAGCAAAAUCCCGUGCCCUUCUCAAACUCCUCGAACUUCAUCGGGAGAGAAGCACUCAACCCAUUCAGAUUGUCGAUGCCAUCAUCUGCAGGCAAGUCGAAAAAGUCCCCUUGGCGCAUCUCGGCGAUCUUUCCGACCUUUACCACUUGGUCGCCUCGGAAGCGCGGGAUAUCCAGACAGCUGCAUUCGACCUGCUUCAUCGUGCCCUGCCCGCAUCCCAAGAGCAGCUCUCUGUGGAUGUGUUACUGGAGAAGAAGGAUGCCCGGUUACCCGAUGAGCUGGUCUCCCUGCUCCUUGAUGCGCCCACGCUAGAAAAAUAUCCCGACGACGUCCUUGCUCAGUUUCCGACCUCCAUCCGCUCAUACCUCCUCUCAUGGCAUCUCAUAUUCGACGCCUAUAGCACCGCCUCCGUCAAAGUCCGAAACGACUACACCGAACAUCUCAAAUCCGAGAACUCCGUGGGCCCGUUGCUCCAGUUUACCUUUGACGUCCUCGGUCACUCAGCAGCCCACGCCCUCAGCCUUGACCGCGAGGGCCUGACGGCCGACCACAUCAGGUCCUACGACUUCCGCGUCGCUGACGCCGAAGCCGACGAGCGGAACCUCCAGUGGUUCCUAGUCCACAUUUACUACCUGGUCCUGAAAUACGUCCCGGGCCUCUUCAGAGGGUGGUUCAUCGAGUGCCGCUCCAAGCAGACCAAGACGGCCGUGGAAUGGUGGAUGACGAAGUAUUUCUCACCCAUUAUCAUCUCGGAGGUCCUCAGUGAGGUGGCCUCCUGGGCUGCGUCGCAAGGGCAUCCAGGCGACGAGGAGAAGGAGCUCAUGGUCAAGGUAAGCCAGGCAGGGAGGGAGAUCACGGCCGGUUAUGAGGUGGACGAGUCGCUUGCUUCCAUCGCCAUCCGCGUGCCGCAGGGGUAUCCCCUUGAGGGCGUGACGGUGGUGGGCAUCAACAGAGUGGCAGUGAACGAGCGCAAGUGGCAGAGCUGGCUCAUGACCACGCAGGGCGUCAUCACCUUUUCGAACGGCAGCAUCAUCGACGGCCUGACAACCUUCCGCCGCAACAUCGUCGGCGCGCUCAAAGGCCAGACCGAGUGCGCCAUCUGCUACUCCAUCAUCUCCGCCGACCGCAAGAUGCCCGACAAGAAGUGCCAGACCUGCCGCAACUCCUUCCAUCGCACAUGUCUGUACAAGUGGUUCCAGAGUAGCGGCCAGAACACCUGUCCUCUAUGCCGGAAUCCCAUUGAUUACCUGGGUGCCGAUGUCAAGGCGAGGAGGGCGGCAGCUGCAUAAGAGGCAGGGAAUGCAUGAAUGUAUAGGCCACUGUCGUAUUACUUUGAUGCUCAUGAUAUUAGACAGCGGAGAAUGAGGCAUCGCAUCGAUAGGUUCCUCUUCAUGGAAUAGACUUGGUCAAAAAAAGCGACUCUUCAACAGCGAUAAAGACAUAUCACAAAAGAUAUCGAGUCUUUCUAGGCAAGAGGGCAUAAUCGGCGUGAAAUAAAUCGGUAUAUCAUAGACAGACUCCCUACAUAAGAUAGGGGAAAUAUGUGGGACAACCACCACAUGGGCACCUACAUAUUAUCCAGACAAGGGAGGGCACACGCCCUUCAUCCUGUCUGUACGUCUCUGUCCGUCUCCUUUUCCUUACAUGCUAGACUGGAGAACACAAAAUGAUGAG